UUAGAUGUACUAUCCAGGUUUGUUAGUUAAUAUGAUAUAUAAUCAAAACCAAUUUUACAAAUUGAAUAAGGAAGCUCAAGGCAUGCUUUAAUUAUGUAUUGAUAAAGCGCUCAGUCAUGUGCAGAACGGGAACAAUUCUCACUAUUGCAUGGAAAGAUUUUAACCCUUACCAGCAGUAUUUUUUGCUACUUAUAAUGUUAAAUAUACCUCUGUCUUGCAUAUAUUUUUUGAUAGAAUGUUGACAAGAGCACCCAAUAUACAUUUUAGUUUUAACUUAUGUUUUAGCUACAGGUCAUUAAAAGCCAUCCCUUCGUGACUUUGUUUGUGUUGCUUUACUUGAAAGCGCCAGUAAUCUGUGUUUUUGGAAAAUGUUAAGAUUGCUCCCGUAAUGUGUAUUGAGCCUAGGACCACCUGCCUUCAAGGAAGAUUCACUGAACCUUUAAAUCUUGAUAUGUUCCUUUUUAGAAUUACUAAACUCCACCAUGAUCAAGGAACACCAAUUCUGUUGCAGUCUUUGAUAUUUAUCGAAACAGAAAACUUCAAUGACACUUACACUGCAUUUUCAGUAUUCUUAAUUAUGGUUUGUGUGUUUUUUGCUUUUUACAAAAUAUUGUUCUUAAGAAAUCACAUCAUCCCAUUUACACAGUAUUUACAGUGUAUAAUAACUUAUGUUUGACACUGGCAACAAACAGUUGAAAUUAUGUAGAAAUGUGAAAUUACUGUGAAAUCACUUCAAUUUGCUGGAUACCAAUUCAUUCAAUUUCAAUUGCGGACACUUGCACAGUCUUAAAUUUGUGCAACAACCUGAAAACAUAAAUUUAACACCUAUAUGGCAAUUACACCACAUGAAUGUGUCAUAAUGACGGCUUCUUUAUUGCAGUAAUGCAUUGUGCACCAUUUGUUAUUGGAUUAUGCUUUUAACUUGGAUUGUAUCACGUCUAAAAGGUAUCCCUCUAGUAGAAAUAUACAUUGAUACAACAUAAUUUAUUGAUUUAAAGUUUUGUUUUGAGCUAUUGAACCUUCUUAUUAUGUUGAUGAGAUACAAAUGGCUUAAGCUCAACAUUCAGUCAGCAUUGUUGAAAAAAAACAACAAAUGUUUUCUUGCUAUGAUUUUCAUUUUUUGCAACUGCAGUAAUAGAAAUAUUUUUUUUUACGGAAAAUUUUUCCAUCAUUUUUGCUGUUUAUAAACGUUGAAACCUGGGUUAGAAAGCUUGACCUCAAAACAUAGGAUGACUGUAUUCGAUGUUAUAGAAAGCAAUACUAUACAAAAUGUACCAACUACCAGCACCUUUAACAACUUAGAAUUUCAUGACUUGUAUUCCCUAUGCCUUAAGUAUAUCUUGCAUACAGCUAUAUAGUCAGCUACAGAAAGAGUUUUUUUAGAUGUAGGAGUGUUUUUAAUAUGAACUUUUAGCAAAAGUUUGUAAACAAGGAUUGUCUGAUUUGGUUUUUGCUAAUACAUGUUGUAUUUGAUAAAGAAAACGGUAACUAUGCACAACAUGAAGAUUUACUCUGUUUUCUACUGACAUGUUUAUAACUUGUGUCUUUGUAUUUAUCAGUAUUACAUUGAGUUUCAUUGUAUAUUCAACCUCUUGUGUCUUGAUAUUAUUUUUAACACAAUGCAAAUUAUGGCAUUUUCAUUUUUGAGUGUAAACUUUUUAUCUCACCUAUUUUGGUCUGUUUAUUUCUGACAUUGUCGACUGUGUCAUGUGAUGGGCGUUGUCAACUUUUAACUGUUUACCACUGAUACGUAUUUUGAUGUGUUUGCAGUCCCUCAGAAAGUAAAAUUUAAUCGAAGACCUUUCAUACUAGAUUCAAGUUGUAAAUAGGCUUCAUUUCCAACCCGUAGAUACCACUAUAGAGACCACUCUUGUUUAGAUCACCUGAGCCCCUGAGUGUCAUAAUGAGCUAUUGUGUAAAAUCUAAGAAUAUCCUUGUUACUUCUCUAACACACCACAUUUAUGACUAAAUCUUAAUUAAACUUUGUGAGAAUUUUGAUCUUGACAAUAUCGAGGCCAAGCUCCAAUCUGUGUCAUGUGAAUGGAAAAACUUGAUUUCUAGGUUAAAUUGUAGAUAUUUGUUACCAUUCAAUCAUGACUCAAUCUCAAUUAAACAUGCUCAAAAUGUUUAUAUUGUCAAUACAUGUAUGUUUACCAAGUUUGAAUCUGGUUCACAUGCUCUCAAACACUUGGUCAGCAGGUCUAAUAUGAGAAAUACCUUGUGAGUUUUAAUAACAACAUAAUAGCAACAUGAAUGACUCAGUACAGAUGAUAUUUUGUCAGUUUUAUUAUGGUUUAUAUUGACAAUAUCUUGGCCAAGUUCAAAUCUAGGUUAUUACGUCUAAUUCACAAUGUCAAGGCCAUGUUUGAAUUUGGGUGAAGUAGGUUAAAAACCAGGUCACUUGGUCAAGUCUCAGAUAUCUGGUAUACCAGAAAGUCAGUUGAACGCUUUAGGGCCAUCAUGGCCCUCUUGUAGUAAAUUAAUAACAGCAAACUAUAUUUGAAUCCAUUAUUUAAGAUAUUUUUAAAGGUAAAGAAUUAGUUAGUUCUUAACAAAUUUGUCUUGAAAAUUUCUAAACAGCCUUCGCGGUUUGAUGUGCUGUUGAUGCAGAACUUGUUUUUAUAUCUUACAAGUAUAUCCUCAAGUCAUAAUAUUGUCAGAUGUGUGUCAAGUGCUUUCUGUAUGUGUUGGGCAUUUUAGGGUUCUCCCAUGUUAUUACAUGUUUAAGGUUUAUGUCAAGGCGCACGAAAAUUGCUGUAUUAAGACCAAAGUAUGCCGAUUAAGAACAUCGACGACGGUUCCGGUGAGACGUUGCGCGUGCUUGAAGUUGACGGAUACUUUGCGCCGACGUUUGAUACGGUUUUCCAGAAUCAACAAGAGGAAGAAUUCAGAAGCAUUCCAAACUGGCCUCUCAAGCCAGACGAUGUAUUAAUUUGUGCAUACCCAAAAGCAGGUACCCACUGGCUAUGGGAAGUGUCGUCCAUGUUGGUAAACCAGUCCGCCGACAGAGUAAAAUUGAUUAAAGAGACUGCUAUGCUAGAGGCUCUUACUGAGGAGCAAUUCAGGAACAUCCCGUCUCCCCGGGUCCUCAACACGCACAUACCACUCCGUCUGAUGCCGAAAGACACUUUAUCCAACAAAACAAAGAUCGUGUUCGUCCAGAGGAACCCAAAGGACAUCUGCGUCUCAUUUUUUAAUCACCAUAGCAAAAUCGUCGAGUAUGAUUUCAACGGCAAGUUUGAGAACUACGUCAACCGGUUUCUGAAAGGACUAGUUGACUAUGGCUCGUGGUUUGAAUACACUCUUGAAUGGGAGAAAAUCAUUCGUGACAACCCCGAACAUCCGUUUCACAUGAUGAGCUACGAAGACAUGAAAUCGGACCCAAUCUCCGAAAUAGGUCGCCUAAGUGAGUUUCUGGGGCUUAAAUCGUCCCCGGAGCUGAUAGCGGAAAUUGCGGACAAAUGUGAUUUUAGUGCAAUGAAGAAGGAAAAGGACCCACUGGAAAAUACAAAGGACUGGAAAGAUGCAAAGCCAGGGAUGUACCGGAAAGGUCAAGUCGGUGACUGGAAGAACUGGUUCACAGUCGCACAGAGCGAGUAUUUUGACACCGUGUUCAAUCAGAGAAUGAAAGACUCGUCAUUCACUUACAGAUUUUCUUAACCCUCUUUAACUGCUUAAAACAUAUUGUUUUGUUUCCGUUAAAAUCUACAAAAAUAGGAUACGUAUGUCGGCUAAUCUUUCGUUUUCUUGACCUAAUUUUUAAAUAACAGAUUUAUUAACCACUUGCCAAGGAUAUUCACUUGCGUGCAGAAAUCUUCAAAAUUGACUUUUAACUUUUUAUGUUAGUGACAUUUAAAUUGAUAUAACCAACAAUAUCGAAUGAAGGAAAAAAUAUUUAAUAGUUAAAAUGUGUGGACAUUUCAUCCUGUAAUGACAAUUAUUAGUCGGGUCGGGUCCUAAAUUGCGUCGGUCGGAUAAGUGGAAACAAGCAAACUUUUUAAGCAUAUAUACUAGUAUUAAGAUAGAGGCCAUUAUUAAAAAAGCAUAGUUGUAUGUCCUUCCAAGUCUUCCGCUUCGCUAUGGUGCUAAUUACUAAGUAUACAAGUAUUUUUCGAAGUCAUUAACUUUUAACAUGUGUUUAUACAGUUGCUGGCUGUGUUGACUGUUUGUGAUGCCAUGUAAAUGAAUAAACUGAUUAACAUUGGAGACAACCGACUUCAGUAAUUAUAUAAAACACAAAUGUUCUCGGGAACGCUCUACUAAUCAGCCAGUGGCACAGGCUAAACGUCGAACCAUUAUUACUUGGGUAAAUGUUCUUGUUUGAAAGUAGCAUCAUUCAAGGUGUAAAUAGCAAUUUAUCUGCACUUAGAAGAGGUAUUGUUUCUUUCUUAUUAAGAAACAACGUGUACGAAUAAGUAAGUGUUUGUUAUUAUAGUAAACUGGCUUUGCCAUAAUGAUUAAAGUUUACUCGUCUUACUGAAGAGAGGUAUAGAAUAUAGUAUCUUAUUUUUGAAUUGUUUGGUUUCGAUCAAAUGUGCGAAUUUGUUAUUGUUAUUAGUAUCUCAAUUUCUCAUUAUUAUCGCAUACAUUAUUGAUAUAAAAUAACGUAUCUGCGCCGACAGUUAAUGAAAUAAAGUACACUAAAGCUCUAUAAAAAUAUUUAGCAAAAUGAUAUGUGCGUAAAAUGUGAGAUUGUUGUCAAUGUGAAUAAAUAUAUUUGCUUUUAAUUCGUAUUCAGCAUCACUUCUUGCGUAAUCAUACUAUCUCAGCUAAAACUCAAUGUGUUUUUUACUUACCCUUUUAAACACUUAUUUUAAUAAACAACAAAUAACUGAAAAAUAAUGUUUACAUAGAGAUUUGACACAGUUUUCGCAUUUUUUUAUUGAAGUGGGAAAUGGUGAAAAUCUUGAAUGAUUUUUUUUUUCAAUUUCGUUUUCUCAUGUUAAGUGAUACAUAUGAUGUUUUAUUUUUGGUUGCAUGAGUACAAACAUCAUAAACAUGACUGUGUGUACAAUAUAAAGACUUGUAGGUAAGUACGUAAUUAAGCUACCAAAAGCAUGCAAUGAAAAACGGAUAUUGGCAGUUUUAAAAUCCUAAUUCUGUUAUUGUUUUUCACUUUAUUACAGAUUGCUUUUUGAUAUUUCACCUUCAAACAGUUUGUAAAAAAACAUUAUCAAAUAGAAUCAUAUACUGUCUAGUGGACACCAUUAAUGUAAGUUAAUAAAAAUAUACACACAAUCCCAAUAUAAAUGUAAAUUCCACAGCUGGUCCCAAAACAAUCAUUGGAAUUAAACAUGUGCAUCUAUGAUUUAAGCAUUGAAAAUUAUGCCUCAUGAUAAUCCAAAAUACAUGUAUAAACAAACAAACCAAUGGUACUCUAUAUAUUACUAGAUUCGCUUAAAGGGGCCUUUUCACAGAUUUUGGAAUUUUUUGAAGUUUGUCAUUAAAUUCUUUAUAUUGAUAAUUGUAAAAAUUGGAUAUAAAAAGCUCCAGUAAAAAAUCAAGAAUACAAUUAAAAAAAGAAAACAGGUAACCCUCAGCAGGGCUCGAACCACUGACCCCUGGAGUACUGGAGUAAAAAGUCUACUACUUAGACCACUCGGCCAUCCUUCCGGAUACAAUGCAAGAUGUAUUUUUUCGGCGUAGCUGUUUAACGUCACUUUUGACCUUUGAUGACCUUCAUUCACGAUAGAUCCGAAAUGAAUAAACCCGAAUUGUUCAUUGGCUAAUAAUACAAAAAUCACCGUAAACAUUGGUAGUCUGGUUUCCAGACUAAACAUUGGAUGCAUAUCAUUUGAACUGAAAAUGAAAUAUGAAUAUAUUGUAAAUUACAUGUAAAUUACAAUAAAUUAAAAACUGUCAUGAUACAAAACAUCCUCUAAACAUUACAUCGAAACGUUUCUCCUUAGUUUACCGGUGUGCAGUUAUUUACCAAUAUUGACAAAGCGGGGGUUUGGGGCGGUAGACCGCGAUACUAAGGAAAUAUAAAGGUGUUGGAAAUAUAUCUGUUUUGAUUUAUUAUAAUCCAUAUUUGCGUUUAUUAGUGUAAAUAUGUUUCUUUGUACUUUGUUUUGUUCAUUUUUUAUGUAAAGUUCUGUUUUUCUGCAAAAAAAUCAUAUCACUAUGAUGCUUGCAAUAUUGAGUCUUUUAUGUUUACAUUCUACUAACAUCUGUACACAUUAUAACACAUUAUCUUUUAUUUCAUUCCAACAUAUUGUUCAUAGUUUUUCAGUGGCGAAUAUGUUUUCUUUUCCUAUUGAAAUUAUGUAUUACUCGUUCAAUUAUGAAAACCUAGUCAUUACAAUAUUUGUUGACAAUAAAACAUACAAUUUCACCUCUUCUUGUUCUUCAUUUUUAUUUGUUAAAACAUUAAAAUAUAAUAUCUUAUUAUCACUCACUACCUUCAUUAAAAUACAUGGUCGCUUUAUUCCAUCUCCUUUUACUGGUCGCAAACAUUACAUCAACGCCGUAUAUCUUUUUAAAGAUAUUUCUUGUUAUUUUAUAUAAGCAAUCCUCGUAGUUUCACAAAAUAUAACGACAACAACAGAACUCUCCAAAUUAUUAAUUCGUUUCGCGUUGCAACGCUUUAUAAUUUUCGGUUUUUAAAUCUUCAAAAGAUGCAUAUAAUUUCUAUUUUCGAGCAAGGUAAAUGUUUAGUAUUACAGUUUCCUCACAAGUAUCAUAACUUAAACGAAAAUUUGCGAAUCUGAAACAACUUUUUUCAAUUUUGUCAAUUUACCCAAACGUUUAAAGGCCCCUUUAAGAAUUUUCAACAAAUCUUGAACAUUUCUUUUUAUUAAACGAAAGUGGUGUGUAGUAAAGCCCAUAACUAUAAGGCAGUUCAUUUACAAUCAAUUUUUCGAUGUCGAAGCUCGAAUUUUACGCAUAUCUGUAAAUGAACUUUGCAUGCAUGUUUUUGUAAGCAUGUCUUUGAAUGCAUGUCUUUGUAUGCAUAUCCUUGUGUGCAUGUCUUUGUAUAUAUGUUUUUGUAAACAUGUCUUUGUAAGCAUGACUUUGUAUGCAUAUUUUGGUAAGCAUGUCUUUACAAGCGUGUCUUUGUAAGCAUGUCUUUGAAUGCUUCUCUUUUUAGCGUGUCUUUGAAUGCAUGUCUUCACACGCAUGUCUUUGUAUGAAUUUCUUUAAGCAUAUCUUUGUAUGCACGCCUUUUUAUGCAUAUCUUUGAAUGAAUGCCUUUGUAUGCAUGAAUUUUUAUGUAUGUCUUUGUAUGCAUAUCUUUAAAGGCAUGUCUUUGCAUAGCGGGACGUUGAACUGACCCGAGGGCCCAUAUCCACACAUUUUUUAAGAGAUAACUUAAAAGAAAUGUCUUGACUUGGCAAAAACCAAAUUUGAGCAGAAAUGAUUUUAUUUGACGCAAAAGAAUAAUCAUAAAUGGUAACCUUAACACAAUUUUCCUUAAGUGCUCUAUGAUUAUGCUCAGAAGAUUGUACUUGCUAGUCAGAGUGACCAAGUAUGGAUUGAUAAUUACAAAAUUGUGCAAACUACAUUAUCAAUCAAUAAACAUGUAUUUCAAAUCUUUAAAAAAAUAUACGAACAGGAAGGCAGUAUCAUGAAGUAUGAAGCUUUCUGAUAAAUAUAGAUUUAAUUGUUGGAUAUUACGUUGUAUAUAUGUUAUAUUUUAUAUAAUUAAUAAGUUUUUACUAAUAACCUUAUGUAUGUAUACCUUUGUGAAGAACAUAUUUGGUGCAUUUUUAAAUAGUAUGUCAUUCUGGUGUUUUUGUAUUGUUGUUAAUUUUCUGAAUUGAUACAUUCUUGUAUAUAAAUUUGCAUGAUUUUAACCUUAAAUUAAUAAGAAUGAUUUAUUACAGAAAUGAUUUUUUAUUGCAACUAUGCAGCUUUCGUGCCUUUACUUAAUCAUUUGGAAUGAAAUCAAAAUAGAUUGAUAGUUACAUCUUCUGUCCAGGUUAGUUAGUUAGUAUGAUAUAUAAUAAAAACCAAUUUUACAAAAUGAAAAAGGAAGCUCAAAGCUAGCUAAACUAAUGUGCUACGUCAUGUGUGAAACUGGAACCAUUCUCACUAUUGCUUGGAAAGAUUUUAACUUUAAUCUGCAGUAUUUUUAGUAGAAUAUUGACAAGAGCAUCCAAUAUUCUACUAGUUUUAACUUAUGUUUUAGCUACAGGUCAUUAAAAGCCAUCCCUUCG